UGUAAAUGUAAUUUGAGUGCGAGUGUCAAUUUUACUGAAGUUCGGCGUUCUACAUUUGUUAUUGUAAAGUUAUUUUGUAUAAAGUCAUGAAUCGCCGACGAAAUUACGAUGAUGACGAUGAUGAUCAUGGUAGAAAAAGAAGGCGACUUAGUGCUGAACCAAAAGAAAUUGAAGAUAGACUCGAAUCACUCAUUGUUCGUGUUGGAGAUAAGAGUACGUCAUCAUUAGAAAGUAACUUAGAAGGUUUAGCUGGAGUUUUAGAAGCAGACUUACCAAGUUAUAAAGCAAAAAUUAUGAGAAUUCUUUCAGAAUGUGUAACAAAUCUGCCUGAAAAAACAUCUAUUUAUACUACGUUAGUAGGUCUUCUGAAUGUGAGGAAUUAUAAUUUUGGAGGCGAGUUUGUUGAGCUCCUGGUAAAAAGCCUGAGAGAAUCUUUAAAGGGUAGAUAUUUUGAAGAUGCACGUGUAACUGUGAGAUUUCUUGCUGACCUUGUUAACUGUCAUGUGAUAUCUGCAGGAUCAAUGAUUAAUUUUCUUCAAGCACUAGCUGAUGUUAGUGGUGAAACUGGAAUUCCUCAGGUUCGGGCAGAUUUUUAUGUCUUUACAGUGCUGUCUGCAUUACCCUGGGUUGGACGUGAACUUUAUGAAAAGAAAGAUAAUGAACUGGAUCAUCUUUUGCGCAUGAUUGAUGACUACAUUAGCAAACGCCACAAAGUCCAUCUACCUUCAUUAAAAGUUUGGCAAAGUAAUGUUCCUCAUCUUCAAGAGGAGUAUUUAGAUUGCUUGUGGGCUCAGAUAAAUAAACUGAGAGCAGACAAGUGGGUGGAGCAUCAUAUCCUGCGUCCUUACUUAGCUUUUGAUGGUGUACUAUGUGAAGCACUUCAGCAUAGCAUACCAAUGAUGAUCCCUCCUCCGCACCAAGAUGGCUGCUCCUAUCCUUUCCCAUCAGUAGUGUUUCGUCUAUUUGAUUAUACUGAUUGUCCAGAGGGUACUCCUGUGUUACCUGGUGCUCAUUCAAUAGAAAGGUUUCUUAUUGAAGAACAAAUAAGGCGCAUUGUAGAACAGCAAUACUUAUGCCGCAAAGAAUGCGCCGCAAUAUUACUUAGUUAUCCAGGAAAACAUAAAAUUCCUCUUGAAUACAUUAUUGUAGAGGUUAUCCUAGCUGAAAUAUUUAAGUUACCUAUUUCAAAUUACAAAGAAAUUUGCCUUGGCUCCUUGUUCCUUGAAUUGUGCAAACUUCAACCAAGUUCUAUGCCUCAAGUUCUUGCACAAGCUGUUGAACUAAUGUAUGAGAGACUAGAUACAAUGAAUACUGAUUGUAUUAACAGGUUUUCUAGUUGGUUUGCUUAUCAUCUUAGCAAUUUUCAAUUUCGAUGGAAUUGGGACGACUGGAGUGAUUGCAUUAGCCUAGAUCCUCUGCAUCCUAGGCCAGUUUUUAUUAGGGAAACUCUUCAAAAAUGUUUAAGGUUAUCUUACCAUCAGAGAAUUGUAGAUUUGUUACCUGAAAGUUUUGUAAAUUUACUGCCGUCAAAGCCUGUAACUGCUUUUAAAUAUGCUCAAGAAGGUGCAGAAGUAUAUCCUGGAACAAUAGCAGCUCAUCAACUGACUGCAGCAUUCAAAGAUAAAUGCACCGCUGAAGAGGCAUUGUUACUUAUUAAAGAUUUACCAAAUCCUCUUCAAGAAGAUGAUGUCGAGCCUACUCAUAAUCCAUUGAAGAUUGAUGUUUUUGUUCAAAGUUUAUUGAAUUUUGCUGAUAAAUCAUACAGUCACGCCUUUGCUGCUAUAGCAAAGUAUCUAACUGUUUUUAAAGUUCUUUCAACUUCAGAAGAAGCUCAAAUUUGCAUUUUAAGAAGCAUGCAUGAAUUAUGGCAUUGUCAUCAACAGAUGAUGGUAGGUUUAGUUACCAAAUUUCUUAAAGCUAAAGUCGUUGAAUGUUCAGCUGUUGCUACUUGGUUAUUUUCAAAAGAAAUGUCAACUGAAUUUACCAAAUCAUACAUAUGGGAAAUAUUGCAUUUGACAAUACGAAAAAUGAUACGAUAUGUUACAAAUAUACAGAAACAAGUUAGUGAUGCAAAGAAAAAAUUGCAAAAAGACGAUGCAAUGGAAGAAGAUGAUGAUGACGAUGAAGAAGAUUCCAAUCAUGUAAGGCCUUCAGAAGAAAUGGUUGAGGAAAUGGAAGAAAAAUUAGAAUCUGCACAGAGUGAACUCAAAAAUUUGUUUCUCAUUAUUUUUCAGAGGUUUAUUAUGUUAUUGACAGAGCAUAUUGCUCGGUGUGAAGCUGAAGGGAUAGAUUUUAAUAGUUAUUGGUUCAAAUCUACUUUAGGAAGACUACAAGAAGUAUUUUUCCAGCAUUAUGAACAAGUAUUUAAAUAUGUAGACACACUUGAAUCAUUGUUAUUCACGAGUGACAUAGAUCAUCAUAUUCUAUCAGUCUUUCAACAAUUUUGUGCUUUGAAGGCAUAAUUUUCAUUUUAAAUGUAAAAUGCAACAACGACAGCAUUUGUAAAUGGACUUCAUACCCUCAUAAAUAUAUUUUGUUUA